UAAACUAUUUAUCCAACCACCCUUCUACCGGUAUCCCUUCUCUCUCUUCUGCGCACUGCGCUUCUCUCCGCCGUGCCUCUCACGGGUGACGUCUUUAACCAUCGACACCCAGCCGACAGGUCUGCCCAGCCUCAGUAAAGCCGCGGUCGCCUUCUACUAUUGAUUCAUUGAUUCCAGCGAGCGUUAUCACUGCUAUCUCUCCUUAAGCAAUCUGGUUGAAAGUUAAAGCUGCGAAACAAUGGUAGCUAAGAAAGGUGCACGUGUUCCAUUACAAGCCAUUGUUGUAGCUGACAUGUUGAGCACAAAGUUGAGACCUAUCACCCUGGAAUGCCCGGAAGUUCUUUUACCAUUAGUGAACACCCCCAUGAUCGACUACACAUUAGCAUGGCUGGAAUCUGCAGAUGUUGAAGAAGUUUUUGUGUUGUGUUGUUGUUCACAUUCCAAAGAAAUAAUCAACUACCUGGACAAGUCGAAAUGGGAACAAAAACCAAACUUUUCAGUGACAACAAUCGAAUCCCAGAAUUGUACAAGUGCUUUACGUGAUGUGAUUCAAGGUGAUUUCAUACUUGUUAGUGGUGAUACUGUAAGCAACAUGAUGCUGAAACAAGCCCUUGAAGAACACAAAGAGAGAAAAGUAAAGGACAAGAAUGGUGUUAUGACAAUGGUGAUCAACCAAUCAGAAGUUGGAACUGAUGAAUUAAUCAUGGCCAUCGAUCCUACUACAAAAGAACUCCUGUAUUAUGAAGAUAAAGUAGAUGGUGAUCUGAAAUUUGAUAAGUCACAUCUCAGUGUGAACCCCUGUUUAUGUUUACACAAUGAUAAACAAGAUUGUUACAUAGACAUAUGUUCACCACAAGUCCUUAGUCUUUUCACUGACAAUUUUGAUUACCAACAUCUGCAUGGGCAGUUUGUUAAAGGAUUACUUGUUGAUGAGCUUGUGUUGGUUCUUUGGUUUAUUCCGUUAUGAAAUUGGCACUUAAUAAUUCAAAUAAGUAUGGUAAUGAUUUGGUGAAGGAAACGAAUGAUGCCAUUUCAAAAUAGGGGAAAUUGUUGACAUUUUUUUUUCGAGGUAUUGAUGAGAGAAUUCAAGUGAUAUUGAAAUUUGAGGAAAUGUGUUUGGAGUCUGCCAAGGAGUAUGCACCCUUGUUUGUACAGGUUCUGAAUAUUUUAUAUGAUGAAGAUAUCAUUCAAGAGGAUGUCAUUCUUGAAUGGGCUAAUCACAAGGAACAUGCAGCAGAUGAAUCAGAUAAGAUUUUUGUUAAGCAAUCCCAAAAGUUUAUUCAAGAAACUGUUUUGAAGAGGUUGAAUGAAGGAGGUGUAAAAGUGAAGAGGAACAGGCGACUAAGGAGUUAGUGUUUCAGAUGUUGAAACCUAUGUUUUUUUGGUUACAUUUUCGAUGGUUUAUGAUUUAAACAUAGAUAUAGAUUUUGGUAGAAAUUUAGGUAAGAUUAAUAUCCUUUAGUUACGCUUAUUUAUUUGCUAUCAUGGAACGGUGAGUGACUUUGUGUCAACUGGGAUGUUUAUAUUUUUGCAAGCAUGUUGAGUUUGAAGUUUAAUGUCAAAUGCAAUGAUUCAAAAUGCUCAUUAUACUUUCAUAUGAAAAUGAGAUGUAAACUAAUUGAUUUUGGUUUGAUUGUACAAGGGUGAGGGGCUAAAGCGUAAUACUGCCUAGUGUUUGCAAGAACAAAACAAAGGCUAGGAACUCACCUUGAAGGUCAAAAAAAUGGUUGUGGAAGUACCAAACAAAGGCCGGUAAAACAAGAGGAGGAAGGGAUGACCGGAGUUGGUGUCGACCCACUUAUUAUUUUGUUUUUAUAUUUUAAAUUAACAAAACAUAAACAAAUAAUAGAAAAAGUCAAAAAAGAAAUACAUUUGGGCAAUAUAGCCAUUUCAUGUCUA